CUCUUCCUCGGUGAGAUAUAACUAAUUCAAGAGAAUCUACGACAUCGAUUUGAUUAAAAACAAAAUGGCAGGUGCGAGAUGUUAAUGAUGAAUGACCCAAGAAUGAAUCUUUCACAAUAUACCAUAACCUGACCAUGGAAAAGCUUGAAAGGGAUGUUGAAUAUGCUGAGUACUUGAUUGAAACAGCAAAACAGAGGCCCUCUCAGCUUUUAAGCAAGCCAAUCUCCGGCAAUCCGAAAGGGAAGUCUAUCCACCAGAAACUGUUGGAGCUGUAUAUUGAGGAAACAGGGGCUCAGCCUGAUGACACAGAUCUGGUCCGAGCCACCAACCUACUGCCCAAGCUUGUGAGACGUGAUAGUCUGAACUGUCUGAUACUGAAGCUUUACCCGGGAAAUGAGGGCUACUCUCUGAUGCUUAGAGGUCGCAGUGGUGUAGAGUCGGAGACUUUCAAGUUACCUUACGAGGUAUCAGAAUUGCUGGAAUACAUUGAUUCUUCAGAGCUACCUCCAUUUCUUGUUGACUUGUUGGAACGAGCUCAGGUGAAUGUGUUCUAUAGUGGCUGUGUAAUUGUGGAGGUGAGAGAUUACCGUAGAUCUGCCAAUGGUGGAUAUGACACACAGUAUGUACUGCUCAAACCCUCCCAACAGUCCUUGCUAUCGGACAUCUACAAUCUGUCCAGUGAUGGACAUAGAUGGACACCAGAUGACCUAUUGACCUUGGAAAGUCAGUUGAUACUAGCGACAGAGGACCCUAUCUGUUUGGACCCCUCCCCCUCAGUGUUACUGGUGGCUAAUCGGCAACAGUAUGAUAAAAAGAAAUUUAACACUCCCUUACUGAAAAGAUCUGUAAAAAAAUAUACCCAAGCUGCCAUCAACAGGAAGAGAAAGUUUGCUCAGGCCGCAGCACCCAAGGAGCUGAGACUGUUGGACUUCUUACAGAAAAAGAAGUCACGCACACAUACUCCUAAUGUCAACUUAAAAAUAGGAAAACCGCCGGUGGACAUGUGGCAACAGAGACUUGUCCAGCUGUCUGUACCGGAGACUGUUGAUGUGGAGAAGUACGCUACGGCCCAGGAACCUCCUGAAAUGACCCCCAAUAAUGUCCUGGAAUUGGUUGAAGAGACCACACUGGAGCGAGACAUCAACACAGAGAAAAAACUACUGGCUCGACUGAGUAUAAGGAAACGGAAGUCUGAUGAUAUGUACUUUGGUACUCUGUAUCUGGACCACGACUACAAGGAGAACUCGCGAGGAAAGACUUGCACGUUUAACUUGAGAACAAAAAGUGUUGUUGACAAGUACUUGCAGCAGUUUAAGGAGAUCUUCACUGAGGAGGGACGGCGUGCAGUAAAGAUAACAACUCAGAAACCAGGCCACGCCCCCCACAUAGAAUACACCCAGACCACGCUGACCACCUCCACUCCUGGUAUCACAAUCACUGCUGCGCAGGCUCUCAUGAGUCGCCAAGCUGUCACGGCAACUCUCACUACUGCCCAGCCUGACCCACAGAGUGGAACCACAGCUGCUGGACUACUGGCUGGCAAGAGGAAUGUCCCCAUACAGCUCUCACUCACCAUAGCUCCAGCAGCCCCGGGAAGCACUUCACAAGCACCCAAUCAGCUGCAGCUUAACAUACAGAAACAGCCAACAAGUCACCAAUCACAGACGCUGUCUCGUACCAAACUAGGCCACCAUGGAAUUGGACAAAGGUCUAUACCCAACACGCCAGAUCAGAGUCCAGCGUCAACACCCACAUCUACAGGUCAAGGUCAGCUGUUUCCCCAGGGUCCGACUUCUGUGACCUCAGUUCACAGUGUGAAGACUCCGAUCCCCACCCCAACACCCCCACCCAACACCACACUCACUAACCUGAAUCUGCAAGGCAGAAAGCCAGGGAUAGACAACUCCAACAUCACUCAGAUCCAACAAAGCCUCCAACAGGCCGGCAACAUCACAUUUGUACAAACUACAGAGGGCAACACCGGUCAGGCAACACUAAACCAACAACCAAUCACAAACAUUAAUAUAGCCAACAUCGGCCUGCCGUCCAACCUCCUCCAGAAUCUAACAGGUUUACAAGGCAUGAAUAUUACCAACCUUCAGGGUUUACAGAACAUGCAGGUAUCGCUGUCUGUCCCGGGAGGAGGGAGCAUCCCUGUCCCACUCAGCCUUAUUAAUACAAACGCUGGUGUGAUCCAGAACCACACUGGUAUCUUUGUCAGCUCACUGCCCAGCGGCAUUGUGUCAUCAUCGACAAGCACAUCAUCUCCCAUAGUAUCGUCAGCAUCCCUUGCCCAGACAUCCUCAUCAGGUGCUAGUGUUCCAACCAUGGUUACCAUGGUAACCGCCAUAUCUUCAGUGACUCACCAUGGCUCCACUACAAACACAACAACAGUAGCAUCUAGUGGUGGUCGGACAUCAGGAAUCGCUAAUAACCCAGCAUCAGUGCUGCCCCCUGCUGGCAUGCUGUCACUCCCUCUGGGUUCCAUUGGUCUGGGUCCCUUCAUGUCUGGGAUCAAACAGCAGGCAGGGAGCAAUAUUAGGGCACCAACCACACUUCCCCUCCUACAGAUUCAAGGACAACAUGGUGGGAUACAGCUUUUGGGACUUCAACAGCAGAGAGCUCCUCUGAAAACGGGAACAUCAAAUCUGGCGUCUCAGCCAGCAGGACAACAGCUCGGUGGCACUAAAGUGGCCGUCUCAAUACCAACAACAGGAGUGUUGUCGGCCCAGAGCCUGGCCGGCCACCAGGUGGCAACGCUGUCGCAGUUGAAGCCAGGCCAGGCACCAGGGGGCACACUUCAGCCGCAGCAGUUGAUGCAGCUACAGGCGACACAGCUGACGUUUAACAAACAGCAGCCACUCCAGCUCCACCCAAUACAGCUGAAACCACAACAGCCACAGCAGAUAGUCCCUGGGGGUAUCAACAAGUCCAAGAGCAAGAAACGCACAACUCCCACCCCUCCUAAACACUGAUUCUACCCCUACUGACAGUCCAACAGCUGGCCUUUGGGAUGUCAACAAGUCCUAGAAACCACAACAGUCACUUGUCAAAUCUGUCAUUAGUUGGUGGUGUUAUUUUUCUGGACAUUUGUUUUCACAGUUCCAUUAGAAGAUGCAUGUACCUAACAGAAAAGAGGAUGCAAUGUGGCGAGUUACUUGACGAUGAAAAUAUUGAUGUUAAACAAUUUUUUACAAUAUGGAUCUAUCAUAUGCACCUUAUCAGUGUUAUAGAAACCAGAACCUCUACGCUUGUAAACUGAAGGGAAAUAACUCAGACUGUUACAUGCAUAUUGAUACAUAUUGUAGUAGUUUGUUUCUUAUAUUAUUUUAGCUCACCUGAGCCAAAUUUGAUAUAAUUGAUCCUACAUUAUCAGUUGGUAGUGUGUUUCAGAUUCGCUCACAUAGUCUGGUUGAGUCUUACAGGACCCUGUAAGGGUCCUUAAAUGGGCAUUGAGAUAAAAUCUCUGUUUAUGUCAAGGAUAAUUAAAAUUCUUACAUUAUCAUGGGCCAGAUGUGAAGAUUUACAUUGGCUCAAAUCCAAUGUUUAGAAAUGUCACUGUAUACCAGUAAUAUCAGGACAAGUUACGAAAUCUGAAAUGGAAACUAAUUCUAUGUCUUUUUAUCACAUUACCAAGAUUUUUUGGAGAUUUUUACAAAAAGUCUCUCUUCUAAUAGAAAACACAGAUAAAACUUGUGUCAAUAUUUGACAGUGUGCUAUCUAUGGUUUAUAAACUGUUUUUAAGUAUUUUACAUAUCUAGUAUGAAUUCUAAUGGUUUUACUGUGAAUAGUUAAUUUAUUUGUUUUAUAUAAAACACAGUCAUUUUAACAUGUUGUCAA